GAUUAUUUUUGUUACCUUUUCGGUUUUGUUUGUUCUCUGAAUCUUCACCGAAAGAGACACCAACAAGUGUGUCUAGUUUUCUUCUCAGUUGUUUCAGUUUCUUCAGUUGUUGUUUUUCUUCUUCAUCCAAUUUUUCUCAGAAUUGUUUCAGACUACUCUCAACUGAACUCCACUUCUCGGAUCUCAGUAAUACCCGAAAUUCUCGUUACAGAUGUCAAUUAAACCAAACAAAUCUUAACUAAAACUAACAACUUAGUAUCUUAUAUUAUAUUCUUAGUAAUUCUUCCACAACUCCCUUUUGUCAAUUAGGGUUAUGUAGUAUUUAGUUUUGGUAAUGGAAGGAAAGUUAAAGACGAAAUUUCUUACGAGAAAACAGUCAUCAAAAGCACCAGAUAAAGAAUAUGAAGAAGAAGAAGAUAAUGUAUCAGUUGGAAAUGGGAUUAAUGAUUUAGGAGAGGAAGAAGAACCUGAAACUAUUGAUCCUACUGUUAAACUCAUGUAUUUAACUAAUGAAGGUGAUCUUGAAGGAAUUCACCAGUUAUUAGAUUCAGGGAUUAAUGUUAAUUUUAGGGAUACUGAUGGAAGAACAGCUCUUCAUAUUGCUGCUUGUCAAGGUUGUAAUGAUGUUGUUCAACUAUUGAUUCAAAAGGGUGCACAAAUUGAUCCUAAAGAUCGAUGGGGUAGUACGCCUCUUGCAGAUGCAAUACACUACAAAAACCACGAGGUGAUCAAGCUUUUAGAGAAACAUGGCGCGAAGUCUAUGAUGGUUCCAAUGCAUGUUCAAAAUUUACAAGAGAUCCCAGAAUAUGAGAUCGGUCCCGACGAGCUUGAUUUUAGUAACAGUGUGGAAAUAACCAAGGGCACGUUCCGUACUGCAUCAUGGCGUGGAAUUGAAGUUGCAGUGAAAAAGAUUGGGGAAGAUUUGAUCACUGAUGAGGAUAAAGUAAGGGCUUUUAUUGAUGAACUUGCGUUGCUGCAAAAGAUGCGACAUCCAAACGUUGUCCAGUUUUUGGGUGCCGUAACCCAAAGUACUCCAAUGAUGAUUGUCACCGAAUAUCUACCUAAGGGUGAUCUGCGUGCCUUUCUCAAAAGAAAAGGAGCACUAAAGCCAGUACUGGCAGUGAGAUUUGCACUUGAUAUUGCAAGGGGAAUGAACUAUUUGCAUGAAAACAAACCUGAAGCAAUAGUCCACCGUGAUCUGGAGCCUUCAAAUAUACUGCGGGAUGAUUCCGGGCAUCUGAAAGUUGCGGAUUUUGGAGUAAGCAAGCUGUUGAAAGUUGCGAAAACCGUUAAACAAGAUAAAUUCAUAUUCUCUCCAGAAACUUCAUGUCGUUAUGUGGCACCAGAGGUAUUUCGAAAUGAAGAGUAUGAUCUAAAAGUAGAUGUAUUUUCAUUUGCUUUAAUUCUCCAAGAGAUGAUAGAAGGGCGCCCACCUUUUUUCACAAAACAGGAGGAAGAAGUUCCUAAAGCAUAUGCUGAAAAAGAACGCCCACCUUUCGGUGCUCCAGAAAGGCUUUACUCACAUGGAUUAAGAGAGUUGAUAGAGAAAUGCUGGAGUGAGAACCCAGCAGAUAGACCGACAUUCAGAGAAAUUAUUAGAAGGCUAGAUGGUAUCGAUUAUCUUUUUAUGCAGAAGAGGCGUUGGAAGAUUAAUAUAUUUAAAUGCUUCGAGGGUUUUGAGGCCCUGUGGAGGAAAAAUCAUGCUUGCCCAAGCAAUCGAUCGUCUCGGUUUUCCACCAGACAAUGAAGCAGUGCAGGUCUUCUUGUUUUCUUAUACAGGCCUCUUUGAAUUACACAGAGAGAUGUCAAUUGAUAUAAAGCUUUAGUUUGAAUGAUUUAAGGGGGGCGUUCAGGAUACAAGUCUGAAUGAACUUCCAACUCAUGGUUGAUGCGAGGCAUCCUUCACAUGGGCAUGAGUAGCACACAAUGAACGAAACAGCUACGAGGUUGUAUUGGUUAUUUUGUACGCUUAAAUCAAUGGCCGUCAUAAUUAUUUGAGUAACCAUCAGAUUGGUGCUGUUCUUUUGCAGCAUGAUAUUCUGAAACCCCAUGUUUGUGUUUCUGAAACAUUAAUUAUUUUCAUUAUUUUUCCAUGAAUGAAGUCUCUAAGCACAAACUAUCGGAAUGUUUAGUGUUUGUAUCCGUGUUUUCGCGGGAAGUUUUUGAAUGAAACCUGUUUUGAGGCA